ACUUCCGUCACCACUCUCUUCAUUUUCUCUCUCCCUCUCUCUCUCUCUCCCUCUCUCUCUCUCUCUCUCUCACUACACUAGUGGUUAGCUGCAGCUUAAUACUACUAGUUAUAUAAAUACACAUACACUAAUAUACUAUACGUCUACACGCAUAAAUAUACAGUGAGAGGAGAGGGAGAGAGGGAGAGGUGCGAGAAGAAGUUGAGGAGUAAUGCUGAUGCAGUUGCCGUUUGAUUCGAUGAUUUUUGACUGAGAUCGUGUGAGGAGAGUGCAGUUAUUGUAAUUGUUGGAUCGGAUCCUGCAUUUUGUUUGUUGAUUCUGGUUCCUGAGUAUGGACUUCUCAUCUCUCGUGUGAUUGAAGUAGAUUUGAGGAGGUGGGAGAAACAAUGGGGGCUAUUGGUUCCGAGGAGUUGAUCAAUUGGGAGAAAAUGCAGGUGGUUGGGAAUGGGAAAGAAGAGAAGAUAUUGGUACUGGUGAGGUUAAGGCCGUUGAGUGAAAAAGAGAGUGCACGGGCUGAAGUUUCAGACUGGGAAUGCAUCAACUCAACCACCAUUUUGUACCGGAACAGCCUUCAGGAGCGCUCUGGACUACCUACAGCUUACUCAUUUGAUAGAGUAUUUCGAGGUGACUGCACAACAAGGGAAGUUUAUGAUGAGGGUACAAAGGACAUUGCUCUAUCAGUUAUUGGUGGCAUCAAUUCAACUAUCUUUGCAUAUGGUCAAACAAGCAGCGGAAAGACAUACACUAUGAAUGGUAUAACUGAUUAUGCAGUGGCUGAUAUUUAUGAUUAUAUACAGAAGCAUGAAGAAAGAGCAUUUGUCUUAAAGUUCUCUGCGAUGGAGAUUUACAAUGAAGUUGUUAGAGACCUCCUUAGCACAGAUAAUUCUCCUUUAAGACUCCUCGAUGAUCCGGAAAGGGGGACUAUAAUAGAGAAACUCACAGAAGAAACUUUGAGGGAUCGUGAUCACCUCAAGGAGUUGUUAUCCAUAUGUGAAGCACAAAGGCAAAUUGGAGAGACCUUAUUGAAUGAAACAAGCUCCAGGUCGCAUCAAAUUCUUAGAUUGACAAUUGAAAGUUCUGCUCGUGAGUUUUUAGGGAAGGGCAACUCAACCACCCUUGCUGCUAGUGUGAACUUUGUAGAUCUGGCAGGAAGUGAGCGGGCAUCUCAAGCUAACUCAGUUGGACAGAGGCUGAAAGAAGGCUGCCAUAUUAAUCGUAGUUUGCUCACUCUGAGCACAGUGAUUCGCAAGCUGAGCAAAGGGCGAAAUGGGCAUGUUAAUUACAGAGACUCAAAACUUACACGUAUACUACAGCCUGCCCUGGCAGGCAAUGCAAGAACUGCAAUCAUUUGCAAUUUGAGCCCUGCAAGAAGCCAUGUUGAGCAAUCGAGGAACACACUCUUAUUUGCUUCCUUUGCAAAGGAAGUAUCAACUAAUGCACAGGUCAAUGUAGUGAUGUCAGAUAAGGCAUUGGUGAAACAUCUUCAGAAAGAGGUAGCAAGGUUGGAGACUGAGUUAAAAAUUCCAGCAUCAAUAUGCGAUCAUGCACCAUCACUAAGAAAGAAAGAUAUGCAGAUUGAAAAGUUGGAGAAAGAGGUCAGGGAGCUAAAGAGGCAACUAAAUCUUGCCAAUUUGAAAAAUGAGGACUUAAUCCAAGAGGCAGAAAGCAUCAAAAGUUCAAAACAACUCAGUGGGUCUUUUAAUGGAAACCUUAGGUGUAAUGGAGAAUCAGACCUAUUGCUUCCGGAGAAUAGUGAGGAUCAAUAUUUAUCGGAUGGUACAUCUUAUCCAAGUCAUAUUAUACAGAGAAAUCCUAUCAAAGUUGAAGAAAAUUAUGAUGACAUCAAGGAAGUUCGAUGCAUUGAGAUGGAUGAAUCUUCUCAGAGUCGAGCAUGCGAGUCUUUUGACCAGUCAACUAGUAAUAAUGAACAAAUGUUGCAAGCAUGGGUGGAGCCUGGUAAUGGUCACAUUGUAGAUCAUGAGAUGCUAUCGGCUUCACCUAGACAAGUGAGUGGUGCUGCAAAUGGUUACUCAGACGCCGAAGCACAUAGAGUUCAAGAUGUGAGGAAUAGCACUGAUUCUGUUUUCCGGCCCUACCCUGAUUCAUCGUCUUCUGGUGUUCGAUCAACUAGUCUAUUGAGUUCUGGCAGCAUAAAGUUGAGUAGAAGCCGAAGCUGUAGAGCUAGUUUAAUGACUUGCUUAUCUGAUUUUGAGACUGCCGAAGAAAGUCAGAGCACACCUCCUCACGUCUUUGAAAAUGAUUUCACUGGAAGACCUGAAAGCGGCGCCCUCAGGAAGCCCUGGAAACUUCCCCCAACAAUCUAUGGUGCAAAUAAUGCGAAAUUUACGAGAAGCGAUUCCCUAAACUCUGAUUGUAGUAGUUUCAUUGAUGAAGCUAAAAAUCAGAGCAGCUCCCAUGGAGAAGAAGAUAUUCCAACUCUUGGUUCCUUUGUUGCAGGACUCAAGGAGAUGGCAAAGCUUCAAUAUGAAAACGUUGAAGGAAGAGGAACAGGAUCCGGAGAUGAAAAUGGCGCUAGAGAUCUCGCUGUGGUCCAGAUGCAAGAUUGGCCCAUGAAAUUCGAGAAGCUGCAGAAACUGAUAGUCGAACUAUGGCAUGAUUGCAAUGUGUCAUUAGUCCACAGGACAUACUUCAUCCUCCUCAUUAAAGAAGAUUUCACAGAUUCCAUUUAUAUGGAGGUAGAGUAUAGGAGACUAUCCUUCCUAAAGGAUACAUUUUCUGGUGGCAACUCAGUCAUACAGGACGGCCGUACACUCACAUUGGCCUCUAGCAAAAGAGCUCUUCAUCGUGAGAGGGAAACGCUGAGCAGGCUUAUGGGUAGAAGGUGUACGGAGGAUGAGAGGAACAUGCUUUACACGGAUUGGGGCAUUGGUCUCGGCUCCAAGAGGAGGAGGCGGCAGCUGGUUCAUCUCUUGUACAGCGACACCCAAGACAUGGGCCGCGUUAGCCGGAGCGCUGCUGUGGUGGCCAAGCUUAUCGGAUUCUCGGAGAAUGGGGUGGCCCUGAAGGAGAUGUUUGGACUCAGUUUCACACCUCCAAGCAUGACCAGAAGAUCGUUUAGAUGGAAAAAUAGUAUGUCGUCCCUUUUGUGAGGUCGGCUCAACGAGAAGUUCUUAUGUGUUUAACGACGCCGUUGUGUUUUUAACGACGCCAUUUCCCUGGAAGUUUUUGUUAUAGUAGUAUUUCAUAAAAAAAUAUUAUUAUAACUAAUUUUCGUUCAAA